AUGAGUGGAGAGAAUUCAGGACACAGAGUCCAUAAACACAAGUCUCUGAUAUUUUACAAUGCAACUCAAAAACAAAAUAAAUGGUCAUACAAAUGCAAGUUAUGUGGUUUCGAGAUAAAGAAUAAAAGUAAUAAAGACUUUACUAGGUCUCUUACAAGCCACUUACAACAGAAACAUUCAAGAGAAUAUGAAAAAUCCAAAAGUUUCUCUCCAGAUGAAAUCUAUUGGAAUUCACUAAUGAGAUUGACAGGUGCUGAUAAAAAGAUCAAAGAAAACAAAGAUGAUAACAAAUAUGAUUUUGAGAAUAUUGAAAUUCCAAAAUAUAAUUUGAAUAAUUCAAUAUUAUUUGAAUCUGAGUUUCUUUUGGAACUUAUUGAAAAUACCUGGACAUUGAACCGAGAUAAGGCUUUUAAGAAUUUAUUUGAUGAUUCUAAGCAAGAUGAAGAUGACGAUGAAGUUAUUGAAAAUGUAAAGAAAAUCACCCAAAUUAACCCAAGUGAAGUUUCUGAAAAGGGGUAUCAAGAAUUGGAAAAGGAACCGAAUAAAGAUAUUAAUAAAAGUUUAGAUGAAUCUCAAGAAGAAGAAGAAGAUUCUGAUGAUGAUGAUGGUGAUGACGACAUUAAUGAUGAUGUUGUUGAGGUUCAAGCGAAUGACUUUAAUAUAUUUUUCAAGGAACAUGAACCAAAUUGA